GCGAGAACGCACGUGCUCGCCCAGCUGCGGUCGCCCGGUCCACGGUCGUAAAGCGUGAUUUGCAUGAAUCUGCACACAGCUGCGAGGGGCGUAGGACGCACUGGGCUGUGAUCGUGUGUCCUGGCUGGCCGCUACGGGUGCGUCCAGAGUGUCCAGUGUUGGCGCGUGUAGACGACGCGUCUCGCGAGCUUCCCAAGCCGUGAUCGCGAGCAUCCCGAGCGAAACAGUGUCCUUCGCCGCUCAAGCAUGGCACACGCCGCGGUUCGUUUGCUCGUCCUCGCCUUCGUGCUGCUGCCGGCUUUCUUCGCCCUAACUAAGCAAACUGCAGCCAGCACGCUUAACCAACACAGCUCUAUCGACAAGAGACGAAUCGUUGCCUCAAACACAUCUAUCGAUGAUGAGGGAAGUCUCGUUGGGAAAAAGUACAAAUUCUUCUACCUCGUUCCAAGUAUCGAGCUAUUGAAGUACACGCCUGCCGCUGGAUAUAAUGCAACCCAUCUCCAACCCAUCGUUACCGGCCCGGUCAGUCAUCGGAACGCCUCCCAGGCCAAAGUGCUGCUGCUCGCACCAUCCUUUGUGGCACUUGGGGCCGGCGGUUCCCAGGCCCGCAACCGGCUUACCGAUACGGACCAGCACCGCCUGUCGGUGGAGCUGCACAAGCUGCGCCAUUUUGCCACCAUCGCCGGGGUACAGCCGAGCAGCACUGGCAGUAAGCAGCGCUCCAAUCCACGCACCUUACUGGAUAGCGACGAGCCGGCACGGGAACACAACGCAUCUAGGUACCGUGCGUUAUCGCCGGACGCCGGUCUUCACACAGGCCACGGCUCUAACCGGUACUACAUCUAUACCGAUCCUAUACGUCCUCGAGGACUCGAGGCAGAACCGGAGACGGAUGACGGUGUCCAGCGGCAAAGGGCAGACGGAGCAACACGGAACGAAAGAGAGCGUCCGGUGGCAUCGCAUGUAUAUCACCGACAGGCACGAUCGUUCAACAGUACUGAGGAGGAGCCCGGGGAGCGGGAGAAGAGCGAUCGCUUCAAACGCCGCAGUGCCGUGGACGAUAUGUUAAGCAAGAACAUUACGAUCAUACUGGAGAAUCUGCUGAAGCGAUACGAAAACUCACAAAUGCCAACGCAUGGACAAGGUGUACCUACCUUAGUGCAAACCAACAUACUUAUACGAAGCAUGGGCCCAGUGUCCGAACUCGAUAUGGAUUACUCGAUGGAUUGCUACUUUCGGCAGUACUGGCGCGAUAAGCGGCUCAGCUUUCGCGGCCCGAUCAAGAGCCUGUCGCUCAGUAUCAAGAUGCUGGAGCGCAUCUGGCGCCCGGACACGUACUUCUACAACGGCAAGCAUUCGCACGUGCACACGAUCACCGUGCCGAACAAGCUGCUGCGCCUGAGCCAGGAUGGUGAGAUACUGUACUCGAUGCGGCUCACGAUUAAGGCGUCCUGUCUGAUGGAGCUGCGCAGUUUUCCGAUGGACCGGCAGUCCUGUCCGCUGGUGCUGGGUAGCUAUGCCUACUCCCGCCAGCAGCUGGUGUACCAGUGGAAGGAUGAGGACUCGGUCAACUUCGUGCCGGGCAUGACGCUCAGCCAGUUCGAUCUGAUGAGCUUCGGGCAGAAGAACUACACGUUCAUUAGGCGCGAGGGCGAAUUCUCCGUCCUGCACGUGUCGUUCAAUCUGCAGCGCCACACCGGCUACUUCCUGAUACAGGUGUACGUGCCGUGCAUUCUGAUCGUGGUGCUGUCGUGGGUGUCGUUCUGGAUUCACCGAGAGGCGACCAGCGAUCGGGUCGGGCUGGGCAUCACGACCGUGCUGACGCUGUCCACCAUUAGUUUGGACUCGCGCACCGAUCUGCCGAAGGUGCGGUACGCCACCGCCCUCGACUGGUUUCUGCUGAUGAGCUUCUUCUACUGUAUCGCAACACUGCUCGAGUUUGCCGGCGUGCACUAUUUCACCAAGGUCGGCAGUGGUGAGAUACCGCUGGACGAGGAGGAAUGGGAAGACAUGGAGGGUGUGGAGGAGAUACGGGACCUGCCGACGCUGCAGCAGCAUCUCAGCACGGCCGCCGCGAUCGAGUCACCGCGGCUGCUCGCUGCCCGGCGCCGCAGCUCCCUGAUCUGUCCCAUCUACAACGACCCGACGCACAUGUUCAAGCCGACCUCGUCCCACCUGUCCACGAUGGAGCGCACCACGCAGACGGAACCGCCGAAGGAGCCGACCUGGAAGCAGGUCUGGCUGUGCUUCCUCGGGGAUGACCAGUUCCGACGCCGCCGGCAGCGGGAAGCUUCAGCCCGAGGUAGUGGCGGUACGCGGCACAUUAACAGCGUAUCGCUCAUCGAUCAGGCGGCACGCGUUCUAUUCCCGGCGUCGUUCACGUUUUUCAACAUACUCUACUGGCUCGUCUACUACACGUACCAGGCCGACUUCACCUGGACACCGUUGAAGGAGGUUUAAAGCUCGCCUCACCCGCCAUUCGCCGACAUUUCGCGUAAGUAGAACAUUCUUCACAUGUCGUAUACACCGGCGGUAGGGGUAAAUAUUCCGCACGAGAAGCUUUGAGUUUUGACAGGGUGAAGCAAGAGCUUCCGAAGCGCAGGGAAAUUCCUCCCUUAAACAACCGGCAUGCCAGCAUAGUGUGUAAUGCGUACAAUGAACCAUCUUAACGGUGGAAGCUGCUUGCAAAGGGACAGGAUGAAACAACGGAAAAAUGAAAUGUAUAAUUUCCCUGUACUAUUUAUGAAAGCUAAUUUGCCAGCGUUCGCGUAGCAGUAGUUUGCAAUUGAAAGGAUCCAGUAAUUGCCAGCCAGCACCAGGAAGCUAAAGUCAACUAAUCGAAAUUUUAAGCACUCCGUCUCAGAGAAAGCCGUAUCCGAAUUCAACCCGAAACAGGUUUCCAUCCAAACAAAUCAUAGCCCAAUGGUUUCAACUCGAAACAGGAUAGUCAAGGUAAGAAAAAUAUACCAAACAUUUUGAGCGUCUGUUAAGUAUUGUAAAGAAAAGGGAAAGUGGAAGAGAAAAAGCGCAUCUUUGUAUACAAAACCCAGUAGCCCGAAACGCGAGCUUCCUCCUUAUUCCCACAGGUCGAUAAUAGCAAAGAACGUUGGUUAAUGUGUGUAAAACGAUUAGCAAAUAAACUGGCACGUGUUGAAGCAAUGA